UCUAUAUAUUCACCAAAAAUAUUCUCUACAUCUCCACUCAAAGCCCCCAACACUAAUCAAUAGAUCUAUUCACAAAUAAACCAAUAUAUUUCUAUCUUAGCUUUAUCAUACAUAGGUUAUAUUAUAUCCAUAUUAUUAUUGUUAGAGAUAUAUAUACAAAUUUUGAGUUGUUCAUAAUUAACCAUGAACCAUAUGCAUGUUACACAAUUCUAUGAUCAUGCAAAGGCCGAUCAGGCUAUCAACAACAACAACAAUAAUAAUAUAUCUUCGCCUUUGAAGAUCAAUAAAGCCUCUCAUCUCAUUAGGAAAUCGUCAUCAAAUUCAUUACUACCAUCUUCUUCCUCAUCUUCCUCCCUAUACAACGCGGUCGCGGCCACCAGCAUCCCUCAUCAACAGCCACGUCAUCCGGUUAUCAUCUACACACAUUCUCCAAAAGUCAUCCACACUCAUCCACGUGAUUUCAUGGCAUUGGUUCAGAAGCUCACCGGCCUCUCUCCCGAGGAUGAUCCAUCUUCGCCUUCUCCUCCUCUUCAGACGAUGCCUCAGCAUCCAAAGUCCGAGCCAAUAAACGAGGAGGAGGAAGAGGAGGAUCCCAUAUCGGGUCCUGAAGGCUGUCUUGGAGAUAUUCUCAGACUUGAUGACCAAGAAAAUACUUAUCAUGAUAAUAAUAUGACGAAUAAUAAUAUUAAUCAGAAGUGUGAUUUAGUGGUCAAUGAUGACAACGAAUGCACUUCGGUUGUCACGGAUGAAAAUAAUGGUAGUUGUAGUAUAGGAGAUAAUUCAUCAGCUUCUUGUUAUGUUCCACCUCCUCCAAUUUUUGAUCUAGGUAAUAUAAAUGAUAAUAAAGAUAUUAAUAGUGGUAUUAGUAAUUUUAAUUAUAAUAUUAACAAUAAUAAUACUAGUCAUAAUCUUAGUGAUCCUCCAAGUUUCUUUGAUAGUAAUUUAGCACCUUUUGAUGAUCCUGGUCCAAUUACUAAUUCAUCAGAUUUUUUUUUCUCAGAUCAGCAAUUUUGUAACUAUACUGAUUCUUUGUUUUUUAUGCCUAGUAUGAGAAGCUCUUUUUCUUCUUCUUCAUCAGAAAGUAUCAAGGAGCUUCCAGAUUUUUGAUUUUUUUUUUUUUUUUUUUUUUGAGAAUUAAGAAUUCUUCCCCUUUUUUUUCAGUGAGAAUUUUCGGAUUUAGCCUUCCAUUUUUUAUUUUUUUUUAAUUUUUCAGUUAAGAAAAAAAAGUUUUGUUUAUUUUUCCUUUGCUGAAGAAUCCAGAAUUUUGUUUCAAUAAUGAGAUAUCCAUAGAGAAAGAGGGAUGGUUAUUUUUUCUA